GUUUGUCUUCAUUCUGCUCGGUCCCCAAGCCAAAGUGAAAGCCUACCGUGAGGUUGGCAGGGCCAUGGCCACGCUGCUGACAGACGAGCUCUUCCAAAGGGUUGCCCGGCGGGCUGAGCACCGAGAGGACCUCAUUGCAGGGAUGGAGGCGUUCCUGGAUGAGCUGACUGUUCUUCCUCCUGGGAAGUGGGACCCCAAUGCCCAAAUUCCUCCACCAAGCUGCCUGCCAUCUCCGCACAGGAGGACUGCCGUGCACCUGCCAGAUCAGCACUCCCACGGCAAUGGGGACAUGGCAGCAGCUGGAGACCAAGCCGGCCCGGAGCACACACGUUCCAGGGAGGAGCUGGAGAGGACAGGCAGGCUUUUCGGGGGGCUGCUGCAAGACAUCCGGAGGAAGGCGCUGUGGUACGGCAGUGACUUCUCUGAUGCCCUCCACCCCCAGUGCCUCUCGGCAGUGCUCUACAUCUACCUGGCGACAGUCACCAAUGCCAUCACCUUUGGGGGCAUGCUGGGGGACGCGACUGCCAACAUUCAGGGGGUGUUGGAGAGCUUCCUGGGCACGGCCUUUGCUGGCUCCAUCUUCUGCCUCUUUUCUGGCCAGCCGCUGACCAUCCUGAGCAGCACUGGCCCCGUGCUGGUCUUUGAGCGCCUCCUCUUCUCCUUCAGCCAGGACCACAGCCUAGACUACCUGGAGUUUCGCCUCUGGAUUGGGCUCUGGGUGGCCUUUUUUGGCAUUGUCUUGGUGGCCACAGAGGCCAGCCACCUAGUGAGGUACUUCACCCGCUUCACCGAGGAAGGCUUCUGUGCCCUCAUCAGCUUGAUAUUCAUCUACGACUCCCUGAAGAAGAUGCUGAGUCUGGCAGACACCUUCCCCAUCAACUGGCAGUACCGGCUGGACGACAUCACCUCCUACAGCUGUGUCUGCAACUUGUCCAGUCCCGGUCACAGCUCCGCAGGGAAUGAGACACUGCUCCCCUCGCCUGCCCUGUCCCCACAGCCUCCCGCCGCCCCAGCUGGGCUGAGCAGGACCCAGUGCUUGGGUCAAGGCGGGCACCUCCUGGGGACCAGCUGCCAGUAUGUGCCCGAUGUCACCCUCAUCUCCUUUCUGCUCUUCGGGGGCACCUUCCUCUCCUGCAUUGUGCUCAAGCGCUUCAGGAAUAGCCACUACUUCCCUGCGGGGGUGCGGAAGCUGGUGAGCGACUUCGCCAUCAUCCUGGCCAUCCUCACCUCCUGCGCUGUGGAUGCCUCCCUGGGCCUGGAGACACCCAAGCUCCUCGUCCCCAGCGAGCUGAAGCCCACAAACCCAGCACGGGGCUGGAUCAUCUUCCCCUUUGGAGCCAACCCAUGGUGGGUCUGCCUGGUGUCUGCAGUGCCUGCUGUCCUUGUCACCAUCCUCAUUUUCAUGGACCAGCAGAUCACGGCCGUCAUCCUUAACCGCAGGGAGUACAAGCUGCAGAAGGGAGCAGGCUUUCACCUGGACCUCCUCUGUGUCUCCCUCCUGAUGGUUGUCACCUCCGCCACCGGCCUCCCCUGGUACGUCUCGGCCACCGUCAUCUCCCUGGCACACAUGGAGAGCCUGAGGAAGGAGAGCACAAGCUCGGCCCCCGGCGAGCACCCUGAGUUCCUGGGCAUCAGGGAGCAGAGGCUGACAGGCCUGGCCGUCUUCAUCCUGACGGGGGUCUCCGUCUUCAUGGCACCUGUUCUCAAG